AAAGAAGAUUUUUGUUUACGUUGAACACUUAUUGGUUAUGUUUAUGUAUGUCAUUAAAAGUAAAAUAUGUGUGAAGAAAAGAAAAAAGUGUGCAUUGUAGUCCUGGGGGACAUAGGGCGAAGCCCUAGAAUGCAGUAUCAUGCGCUGUCCUUAGGCGAAAAGGGACACAAAGUUGAUAUACUGGGUUACGGAGAAACAGACCCCAUGGAUGCAAUUAAAGAAGCCCCAUCUAUAUACUACCACUACCUGGCACCUAUGCCCCACAUUCCUAUUAAACUCGUAAAUUAUGCAUUUAAAACCAUAUUCCAAGCGUUGAAUUUGUUGUUCCUGCUGUGUUCUAUUAGAACACCCCAUGUUUUAAUGGUUCAAAACCCCCCUGCAAUUCCCAGCCUGUUUGUUUGUUGGCUGUUUUGCAAAAUUGUUAGGGCCAAAUUGGUUAUAGACUGGCAUAAUUAUGCCCAUACAAUUAUGGCAUUAAGCUUACCGAAAGGGCACAUACUGGUGAAAAUCACCAAAAAAUGUGAGGCCUAUAUUGGUGCUCAAGCAGAUUAUAAUUUCUGCGUUACGAAUGAAAUGCGGAAAGAUCUCGCCAACAAUUGGAAUAUCAAAGCAGUAACUCUUUACGACAAACCACCCGCAAUGUUUAAGCCAAUUUCGUUGAAAGAAAAGCAUGAAUUUCUGAUGAAAAUGAGCCAAAUGUACGAUGCAUUUUUGGGCGAUGGUGGGUCGACAAUUCUCACGAAAGAGGAGCAUGGGAAUGUAGAAUUAAAGCCCAAAAGGCCAGCUUUUAUUGUCUCGAGUACCAGCUGGACUGAAGACGAAGACUUUUCAAUUUUGUUUAAAGCACUGCAAGACUAUGAAGAUCAGCACACAAAUGAAAAUCCACGAAAUCUUCCAACUUUAAUUUGUGCUAUAACAGGAAAAGGGCACUUGAAAGAGUACUACUGUACAAAAAUCCAUGAGCAGAAUUGGAGACAUGUAACAGUGAUUACUCCUUGGUUGGAGGCUUCAGACUACCCUUUAAUGCUAGCUUCUGCCGAUUUAGGAAUCUGCCUUCACACAAGCUCUAGCGGCUUGGAUCUCCCAAUGAAAGUAGUGGAUAUGUUUGGAUGCUGUUUGCCAGUCUUGGCCUAUGAUUUCAAUUGUUUAUAUGAACUGGUUGAAGAUGGCAAGAAUAGCUACACUUUCAAAUCUUCAGAAGAACUCUCUGGGAAGCUGUUAAAUUGGUUCGAAAAUUUUCCGAAUAAUGACGAACAGAAACUGAUUGAAACUCAGUUUAAGAAUGAACUGAGUUCGUUCCAAACGCUGAGGUGGAGUGAAAAUUGGAAUAAGACUGCCUAUUCAGUUUUUCAGUAACACUGUAUUAAGAACUAAUAAAUGAUCUACAUGAUUGUUCAUAAUAA